UUCCACCCAUCAUCUCACCACCACUAAGUCACCAACCAACCUCCUCUUGCUCAUCAUCACCAUCAACCUCAUUAUUCUUUCCAUUAAUCAAUGGCAGCAGCAGCAGCAACUGCAACCCCAUCUCUGAGACGACCCUCCUCAAUCCUCUUCUCCAAGCUCUCCAAAUCACCCAAAUCCCUUGGAUCUCUCCGUCCCCAAUCCACCUCCCCUAUCCUCUCCAAACCACUCAAACACAUCACCACCACCUCCAUCCCUUCUCACAGGACCAUCUCUUCCUCCAUCUUCUCCUUCAAACCCAAACAUGACUCCUCCAACAGACAAGAUUCUGGAAAAGUUCAAGAACUAUGUGUGUACGAAAUCAACGAGAGAGACCGUGCCAGCCCAGCUUAUCUCCGUCUAAGUCAACAACAAGUUAACUGUCUUGGUGAUCUUGUUCCCUUUACCAACAAGCUCUACUCGGGAAACCUGGAAAAAAGACUGGGAAUCACUGCAGGACUUUGUAUUUUGAUUCAGCAUGUGAAAGAGCGCAAUGGAGACCGGUAUGAAGCUAUAUAUAGCUUUUAUUUUGGGGAUUAUGGUCAUAUUUCAGUGCAAGGGCCUUAUCUUACUUAUGAGGACACAUACUUGGCUGUCACUGGUGGGUCUGGCAUUUUUGAAGGAGUUUAUGGCCAAGUGAAGUUGCAGCAAAUUAUAUUCCCUUUUAAGUUGUUUUAUACCUUUUAUCUUAAAGGGAUUCCUGAUCUUCCCUCGGAGUUGCUUGGCCGGCCGGUGCCACCUGCUCCCGGAGUUGAGCCCUCGCCGGCGGCCAAGGCGGCGGAGCCUCAUGCCACUGUGAAGAAUUAUACUAACUGAUUAUUAUUUGUUAUGUGGGUGGGGUUGUGAUUGUGGUAGUUGUUUUUGUAUACUUGUUUUGGUUUAGAAAAUCAUGUUGUUUUGCUUUGCAUUUUGUUUGGGUAUUUGGUGGUGGUGGUGGUGGUGUUUGAUGUUGUUGUUGUUGUUCUGAUUUUAUGCAAAUCAAAGGACAAGUUUUUUUUGCUGCA